ACCAAUGCGCCGAUUAGAUCAAGAUUCUUGGGCGGAGCGUUGCACGUUUUAUGUCUAAGUAACCAUGUUUAUUUCUAAUUUAAAACCAGCCAAAGUUCAUAUUUUUGAAGAACUGUCUGCUGAAGUGUGAGUGAAAUUUGCCCAGACAUGGAUACUGUAUCAGACUCGAUGCUUGUGAGGGGACUGGUGUUCAUAGGUGGCUUCACAGUGCUGUAUUACAUGCUCAAAUGGUCCUGGAUUUGCUGGUGUGGAUUCAGAGUGUAUGUGCUGUCAAAGGUUUGGCAAACUGAUUUAAAGGCAUAUGGACAAUGGGCAGUUGUCACAGGGGCUACCUCAGGGAUUGGCAAAGCUUACGCAAAUGAGUUGGCCAGAAGAGGUCUGGACAUUGUACUGGUCAGCCGGUCAAAAGAUAAACUCCACAUUGUCGCCAAGGAGAUUGAGAGCCAACAUGGACGCCAGACUCAGAUCAUCCAGACAGACUUCACAGAGGGCCAUGACAUCUACCCUGCUAUAGCUGAGGCACUACGGGACCUGGACAUAGGCAUCCUGGUUAACAAUGUAGGCAUGAACUAUUCUGACAAGUUGGUACAUUUCCUGGACAUUCCCAACCCUGAGCAGAGAACCACCCAGGUGAUCAACUGUAACAUCCUCUCUGUCACCCAGAUGACCAGACUGGUUCUCCCACGCAUGGUUGCAAGAGGGAACGGUCUGAUCAUCAACAUGUCUUCAGAGGCAGGUGCUCAACCACAACCCAUGCUGUCUCUCUACUCCGCCACCAAGAUUUUUGUAACAUAUUUUUCCAGAUCUCUGAAUUCAGAGUACAAGUCACAGGGAAUAACAGUUCAGUGUGUGGCUCCCUUUAUGGUGUCCACUAACAUGACCCACAACUUGCCCCCCAACCUGUUGUUGAAGAGUGCCAGUGCUUUUGCCCGUGAAGCUCUGAACACAGUGGGUCACUCUAGCUACACCAGCGGCUGUGCCUCUCACGCUCUUCAAAACAUUGCUCUGUCCAUUUUCUUCCCUGAUUGGCUACGCCUUUCAUCCUACUGUGUGAAGCAGACAGAGAAAUUUGCACAGAGCAUGGAGAAGAAAAUUGAUGAAAUGACAGAACGUUCUGCGAGCAAAGAGGACUAAGGAGUGCAAAGGAGGUUGCUACUGAAACAUUUGUGGUGCUUUAAAGAGGUCAUAUUGGAAAUUGAUAUGAGAAGUUUUACUUCAUAUGUAGACAACUAAUUGAUCAAUGUUACUGUUUUUGCAUUGACUGCCAUUGAAAGGUAUUGGUAAUAGGAAAUAGAUUGUGUAAUGUUGAUGUGAUGUAAACAAGCUGACCCCAAAUCCAUCAUGAACUAUAUAGCCUGAGUGCAGCAGAGUAUGAUCUGUGGGAGACGCAACUCUCAAACAGGCUUCUAUAGUACAUAUAUUAGCUAUAUACUUAUUAGGGAUAUAGACUACAACAUUACAACUGAAUGCUUGAACAUAUGCAUGUUCUGGUUGAUUUGGACUUUUAACAUAGUACAAUUUUUGGUAUCAACCGUCACAUUUUUGUGAUCUCGAUUUUCUUAGAAAUAAAUAGAAAGACAGUUACUUUUGUUUAUUUUAUUGCCUUUUGCCAACCCAUUCACAAAUGGCUGUCAAAUUGUUGUUACUGAGUAACAUAUGUGUAAAGGAAACAGUAUGUUAUAAAAACACAUGUUUAAUGUAA